AUGGCUUCUAAAAUACAAGUUGCAGUUCGUGUUUGUGAAGCGAACCGUAUCGUAUUGCCAUGGAGAUUUGUGCAGUUAAAUCACACUUCUUACACCUAUCAGCAGCUUUGGGCCGAUAUUAUCCAAGGAGUGCAUGGACAGCUUGAUUUUGUUGAUUUAAAGUGCAAACGCACAAGCUACGAAUUCCAAAAAGCAACUGCAUUCCUCUCUUUAUCGCUUACAAAUGGAAUAGAAGGUGAUGCACAGAAUGAUUUGAUGGAAGUUGUUAAUUUCUUCAACACGAGAUUUUUUUCCAUCAAUAUCAAACAUGGCGACAUAGACUGUGAUGAUUGUCGCCUCCAUGCUGGCACUGCGAAUCCACCUACUACAAAUGCUUUUCAAGUGAUGAUGGCUGCUGCCAAAGAAGCUGCUAUCAUAGGUAUUCCAAAGGUUUGUCCAGAUCCCAAAUGUAACCUAGAUAAACUAAAGAAUACAAUUCUAACAUACUUUCAAGAAAAGAUGUGUAUCUUCCCUGCCAAUUGUGGAAAAGCAGCCACUGUAAUUGUGGAAAAGCAGCCACUGUAUUUGUUGCUAGGCUUUCUGACUUUGUGUAUUAUCUUGAUGGGCAAUAUUUCAAAAUUGAAAUGGAAAUAAGCAAAGCAAAGAAAUUUCCAGAAGUCUUUAAAAGGACAUUUAGUGGUUUUAACUGCCCAGAAAAGUCUAAGCAUAGAAAACGCGAGCUCAACAACCUCUCAGAAAAGAAGUUGGAAAGUCAUGCCAUUGCUAUUAGAGAAGUUAUACAGUCACUACAGUUCCUAGACAGCAUACCAUGGGCCGAGGUAAAGCAGGAAGUUCUUCAAAUGGUUCAAGUUGUUGAGCAGUAUUGCUUGCAUCUCAGAGUGGACAAUGUUAGGAACAAAGUAUCGCGAGAAACCCCCCGCAGUGAAGUUGAAAUUAGGGCCAAUGUCACACUAAUGAAAGUAAACAAGAGUCCAAUUCAUCCUGCUUUGAGUGGCCUUGACAAGCAGCUUUUAGAUGUUCAACUCUAUAGUCCCAUAUCUAUCCGAGAGUUUCUACCUACCUGUGAUAGACGGAGAGUUUAUGAAAUCAUUCAGGAGUUGAAACAGAAAGGGCUGAAGUUCAAAUGCAUUCACUAUGCUCAUCAACCAGGUGGCAGCAAACAAGCCUUACACUUUGUGUGGAGAGUGGACGAGGCUAAAUCAGAGGGAGAAACCAUCGAAAGAUGCCUGCAAGUGAUCAAGAAAAGAUUAAUGUCCAAUACCCAUGCAAGAUGUCCGAUGGAAAAAUGA